GUGUCGUUCCUUUACAAACCCAAAGUUUCCGGAACUAAUUUUUUUGUUUGAUUUGUUUCAAAAGGAACCUACCUACAUAAUUAAUACCUAGUUUUGAUCACCUGACUCGUUUUAAGUCAUAAAAAUAACCAGAAACAACUAGUUUAAAACUAGGGGCUUAACUGUGAUGUAAGGCCUUAAGUUACGAACGCCUGAUUCAAAGCGCAUGAUGACAUAUUUUGAUGUAACAUUUUCAGAUGACUUUUUCUUUUGGGUGCAUGCGCACCCAUUGAAUGUUACGCAUGGUGUCCUUCAGUCGCCACAAAUUAAUGAAAGUGAUAUCGAUUAUCUAUGGGGCUGGAAUGUUUGCUUGCGAGUGCGAGUGGGUGGGGCCUCUCUGUACUCGUGUGGUAUUUCUUGUUCCUGCAGAGCUUGUAUAACGCCAUCUGCCAUGUCUUAAAGAAAAUAGUAUCUGUUAUCUUCGGAUUGAAACAUGAAUUCGAUGGUAAAAACGCAAUUUGCUCCACUUCUUACUUGGCCCAUGCACUUUUAUUUCUUAUAUAUUAUGGUCUUUUCGUGAUGAGAGUUUGUUUUACAGCAUGCAUUUAGGCUCACAUUUGCGUUACCAAAACUGUUUGGCCUGGUACCUGGAAGGAUGCUCAUCUUUCAGAUCUUAACUGGUGUCAUUCACAUCUCUUUUUCAUGUCUUUUUAUCAUCCUGAUCGUAACGCUGAUAAUGAUUAGAGAUACAAAAACCACCGAUACGGCCUUGAUAUUGUUGGGCCCAGCAGGUCUCUGUUUUAUGUCAGCUAGUUUCGCGCUCAACAUUCCGAGGAAAAGAAGGAUGUUAACGCCUAUAAUGGACAACCCUUUAACGUCAGCUACACAUUGCCAGCCCACUGCCUUACUGGUCACGUGCGUGAUGCUGCUGCCAGCUCUGGGAUUCAUGUGCUUCUCGGUGUUCUUCUUCGGUCAAUUGGACUUCGACCAACACACAGGAAGUGUGUGGGUAAUUGGAGGUAUGAUGACUAUAGUGAAUCUACAAGGCUUUUUGGAGAAAUGUUCCUUGGGAUUCAUCGUGUGGCGUGUAUGGUCGGUAUUUUCGUCGCUAGGCCAGGACCUGAUAGAAAUCGAGUCCCAGGUGAAGGACCGUAAACAGCAUCCAACACAGGGCUCCUCGCUGCAUGUGGACAGAAUCCGCAGGACGCAUAGUGCUGCUUGCCAUCUCAUACAGGAUGCUACUCAUUGCUAUGAGCUAGAGUUUCCUGGAGUAUUGACGGCAGACUUCAUUAUGCUACUUCUUUCGACAUAUUUUGGAAUGAAGAUGGUGCUUGGCAGGGACACCUACAUGGCAAGCAUAUGGAUGGGUUGUGGUAUACUGAGUCUUGCUGGCCUGUGUCCCCUCGUCAGAACGUGCCACCUGGCGGUGCGGGAGGUUUCCAAACUUCACUCAAGUCUGUAUCGCCUACUCAACAACAAUUUCGUGACAAAAGAAGAAACCCUCCAGGUGUUGGAUGUUUAAUAUUAAGAAGAUACGGUUGGCUUUUAGAUAAUUGGCAACUGUGAGGUACAUGCCAACCUACCCUCCAGCCAAAAAUAAGAGUUGUCAGCUUCACUUUUUUCACUAAGCCGGCGACUCGAUUUUGUACACCCAAAUCAGGGAGCAGGCCCGGACUGGCCAUGGUGCUAUGGGGUGCUGGCAUCCGGGGCCCCGCGGCAGCGGGGGCCCCUGUAUUCGGGUUCCUGUUGGGGCCCUCCUUGGUGUCCUCGGGUAAAAGGCAGGGAUUUUGCACAAACCCGGGAAACCUUUACAGAGCCCAUAAGUCGCUGUGUCUUUCUACAGAAGUGAAAGGGAAACGGCACAAAAACGUUAUACUAGGAGAGCAUGAUCACGCUCAAAACACAAGUUGUGUCAUGAAAUUUCGGAGAAAAUUCUCGCUCGCUUCGCUCGCAGUUUCCUCGGCGGUUUACUUCCGUAAUGCUUUCAAAAUCAAAGCGGAAGACCGCGGCCCCUCAAUUUGAUAUGCGAAAAGAAUCAGUCGGGCUUUUAUCACAUCAAAAUUAGGAAACCGGAACUUCUGAUAUUCGACGAAAUUAUUCAUUGAAAGGUCUUUGGCUGAGCGAUUAGGUAAGCCUAUUACUCCAGUGAUGAUCAAAAAGUUUUGUGUCAGUCUGUCUGUGUGUUUGUCUGUCUGUGUGUUUGUCCGUAACCACGAUAACUCGAGAAGGGUUCCAGCGAGGAGGCUCAAAUUUUUAUUGUUACUUCGUAUCAGAAAAAUUUCUAACUUUUGGGGCCGAAGGCCUAAUUACGACUCAGCCUUUUGCCCGACUCCGACUCGGGUGUGAGUGCCGCAGGCCUAGGUAGAUGUAUGCCGGGCGCGUCACAAGCGUGACAGUGUUUCGUGAGAUAUCGCGAAGCCUGCUGUGCGAGACCUGGUCUGGUGUACAUCCUUCUAAUAUUUUGUUGAUGGGAAAGUCAACGUUUGAGUGAUAGGAGAUGAUCUAGGGCACCUAGAAUCCCAAUGAGGGCGUGGUUCGUCGCCAAACGCGUGGUUUUUGUUUUACUCCCGUUACAAUUUUUUUUCAAAAAAAAAAGCCUCUUUUUACGACCUAAGGAACCAUUUAGUCUUUUUCACAUAAUUUUCGUCAACAAACGCCCUCUACGGCCUAAACGGUACAAGUCCGAGAGGAACGGACGCAAUUUACGUUAGUUAGCCCUAUUUUUAUGUUUAUUGCUAGGAACCAAGAAUAAAAACGAUU